AAAAUGUCAGCAGGCACAAAUUUAGUGGUGCCAGUGGUUCUGUGGGGGAAGUACCCCCCCACCCACUGUAUAUCCUGUAUUUUCCUGUCCAAAGACCACCGAACACUAGUCACUGGAUGUCACGAUGGACAGAUUUGCUUGUGGCAAGUGGAGCCAGAUACCCUCAAAAUGACGCCGCGUUGUCUACUAGUCGGCCAUACGGCCCCGAUCCUGUGUCUGGCUAAGGCUAGCAUUGUCAUGGACAACAACUACAUCGUCAGCUCUUCUGAGAGUGGUGAGAUGUGUACAUGGGACUUAGUGGACGGAAAGUGUCGGGAGGUAGUGAAACUUCCUUACGUACACACCAGUAUGCAGGCGUACUUGAUGAAUGGAAAUGAAGACGUGAAGCUGUUUUGUAACGGCUACUACGCCGAGAUCCUAGUCAUGGACCCCUUCAGUCUAGAAGUAAUCUUCUCUCUGUCGUCUAAAGUCAGUCCUGACUGGAUCAGUGCUCUUCACGUGCUUCGGCCUAUCAAGCGCAAAGAUGAUGUGGUGCUUGCCCUCACGACCACAGGAACUGUGAAAGUUUGGACUCUCAGCGGAAACGAGACUAAGUUCUCAGAACCACUUUUUGAGGACGAGAGUAAACAAAUCAAAUGUCUCAACGCAAUUACUCUGACUUGCUGCAGCCAGAACCAACGGACUGUACUCAUCGUCUGCUCCAAGUACUGGCAGAUUUACGAUGCAGGUGACUUCUCCGUUCUGUGCUCCGUCAUCUCUCCACGAGGUGAGCGCUGGCUGGGCGGACAGUUCCUGUCUCCAGACAGAGUGCUGGUGUGGACGGACGACGGGAGAGCAUAUCUGUAUAAACUGCCUGCCAACAAUCCCCGAGGCAAAUCCAGCAGAUCUGGCAGUAUAGCGGACAACAUAGAGUUCCAUAAGCAAUCCGACAUCAAUGAUUCUCCUUUCCUCUACUGUCUCCUCUCACCUUCAUUUGAAAAGACGUUGUCGUGUCCGCCUGCCAUGUGCUACCUGGAGUCAGGUCAGCAUGGCAAGUUACUGGUCCGAGGUGAUUCUGAAGGUCAUGUCAUGGUGUGGCAGGUACCUGAUGUCUCUGAGCCGCAACUGGCUCAGAUAAGACAACUGGCUGCUGACAAGCCAACAGCAAUGCAGCCAAUGGUAACCAACAGCAUAGCAAAAUCUUGGGCAGCCAUGAAUCCUUCUCCUUGUGGCAUAUUAGAUCAGCUGGAUUCAGCUGAAGUGCCAGGAGUAAAGUUGAUGGCCAGCAUCUAUCUACCUCAACAGAGUAGGCUGGUGGUGGGUAGACAGGAUGGAUCCAUCAUCAUAGUACCAGCUACACAGACAGUCAUGUUGCAACUGCUGCAUGGCAGUCAUCAGCAAUACGAUGACUGGCCGCCCCACCAAGUGCUGUUGGGACAUGCAGGCAGGGUGAACUGUCUACUGUACCCACACCACUCCAACCCCCGCUAUGACAAGAGCCAUCUGGUGUCUGGAGGGGUGGACUUUGCUGUGUGUCUGUGGGACUUGUACGCUGGCACAUUGCUACAUCGCUUCUGUGUGCACGCUGGUGAGAUCAUGCAGCUGAUGGUGCCUCCAAAUACUUGCAGUUUGAGGGUGCAGAAGUGUGUGUGUUCGGUGGCCAGUGAUCACUCGGUGACACUGCUCAGUCUGACGGAGCGCAAGUGCAUUGUGCUCGCAUCUCGUCACUUGUUCCCUGUAGUGACCAUUAAGUGGCGGCCCCUGGAUGACUUCAUGAUUGUCGGCUGUUCCGACAGCACUGUGUACGUGUGGCAGAUGGAAACAGGACACCUGGACCGAGUGCUUCAUGGUAUCAGUGCAGAAGAGGUGUUGUAUGCUUGUGAUGAGACGACUUCCAUCACUCAGCCUGGGGAGUCUGGCCUCGCCAAUCCUGCGGUGCACUUCCUUCGAGGGCUACGGCAUCGGAACAUGUCAGCCAUCCGACAUGCUACACAGAGAGGGUUACAUCAACUACAGCAGCUUAGUCAGCAUCACAACCAGGACGGUAGUGACCACCAGAAGUCCCGAGCCUUCCCACUGAUGAUCCAGGGACUGCGGACCAACCCCAAGGACCCUGAGAGUCACAUUCUCUGCUUUGACAUCGAGGCACUUAUAGUACAAUUGUUGAGUGAGGAGUACAGCGCCAUGUCUCCGGGUACGCUAGAGGCUCAGGGACUGAUCAACUCCUCAGAAUACUUGAAGGUGGCAGCGUUGACUCAAUCUGCAUCUCCUGAUGCCCACAAAAAGAUUGCCGAUUUCUUUGGAAAAGUGAAGGACAAGGCAGGAGAUAUGGAGAGAAUGCUUAAAGAAAAGGAUAAACAUGGUGUGUUGGCCAAACUGAAGGAAGGAGCGGAGAAUGUACAGACCAAGCUGCAAGCCAAGGCAGAGAGUGUCGGCUUCCGUCCUAUCAACCCUGAGGCGACAAGUCGAGGUAAUGGCAAUGAGUGGAGCCACAAGAAGGUGUGUGAAGCCAACCUGACCAUGGAGAUUGCCCAGCUGUUGUUGUCUCUGCUGCAUGCUUGGGGUCUGGAUCCUGACUUAGACUUGGUGUGUGAGGGAAAACUGGGGCUGCUGCGGCCCAUGGUGCCCGUCAGCUUCGGGGUGCUGUCUAAAGGAGGGUAUAUGAGCCUGCUACUGCCGACGUGGCAGCCAUACAAGGCAGAGAUGAGCAAAGAUAUGUCCAGCCUCGAGGCCAACUUGCCUAAGGAGAUGGUGGAACUGGAGAGAGCUACGAGGACGUUCACGGCGCGGACACACUGGGAACUCAGUACUACGCUGACUACCAACCAUCUGCUGGCCAUUAUAGCACUGGCCAACACACUCAUGUCCAUGAACAAUGCCAGCUUUGUAGCUGAGCAGGAGCGCAACAGGAAAAUGCAGAGCUCACUUUGGAAGUACGUUAGGGCUAAAAUGCAAGCUACAACGGCCCUUGAAAAAACAUUUGGUGGAGGAAGAGGGCGCCAGGGGCUGAGCUGGAAGCCAGACGAGGCCACAGAAGAGAUGAUCACGGCACAACAGGCACAGAUCAAGCAGGGCUGGUCUCUGUUGGCUACACUACACUGUGUAUUGCUACCGGACAAGGUGGUGCAGAGAGGCUCCAAGGUGUUCAAACGACCUCAGAUAGAGAUGAUGGCCAGGAGAUGGCAACACCAGUGUCUGGAGGUACGAGAGGCAGCCCAGGCCCUGCUGUUGGCAGAGUUGGGUCGUGUUGGACCCAAGGGUCGCAAGGCGCUGGUAGACAGUUGGGCACAGUAUUUGCCACAGUUUAGCUCUGCGGAGGUUAACGCCCCAGCGCAGCCACCAACACAGCAGCAAGGGCAGACAGGACAAGAACAACCUGUCACUCACGAAGAGGAGGAAGAGGAAGAAGAAGAAGGAGCAGAGGAGUUGUGCGUUCGCAAGCCAUCUUCACUAGCGGAGCUGAAGCGCAAACAAACUACAGCCGUAGUGUUGCUGGGUGUGAUUGGAGCAGAGUUUGGACAAGAUGUUGGAGACGCCACCAAGAAACGAGCUGAAGACCAGAGACGCAAGAGUUCUGUCGUAGAGGGUUUUGGCAUCGGCAACAACAAUCUCGCCAGGCUUACAAGUCUUGCGCUGAUGCACCUACUUACGACGCCGCCCAGUGCACGUCUGCCAGCCCACACACCACUGCGCCGUGCAGCCAUUGAUCUGAUUGGCCGAGGGUUCACAGUGUGGGAGUUGUACAUAGACGUAAGCCGAGUACUACUAGCCUUGCUAGAGCUGUGUUGCGAUGCUGACAAACUUGUUCCCAGCAUGAGCUACGGACUGCCGCUCACCCCUGCUGCUGACUCCGCCCGCACUGCCAGACACGCUCUCACUCUGAUAGCCAGCGCCAGACCUGCGGCAGUCAUCACUACACUGGCUAGAGAGGUGGCAAGGUAUAACACGCUGCAGCAGAACGCACAAACGUUGAACGUCAACCUCAGCAACAACGUGCUGCAUCGCUCCAAGACUGAGAUUCUGCGUUGUGUGGAACUUCUCAUUGAUAAGAUGUACACUGAGAUAUCGGACCUGCUUGUAGAGGUGAUGGACAUCAUCCUUCACUGUGUAGACCCGGGACAUCUCAAGAUGAAGGGACUGAGUGAUGUGUUCCCGGCGAUCUGCCGCUUCAACCAGGUCAGCCACUGUCCGGCCACACGGCGCAUCGCUGUCGGAGCCAAGAACGGACAGAUCGCAUUGUACGAACUGCGCUCCUCCAAGUGCCAGCUUAUUACAGCCCAUGGUACUUCUAUAACAGCGCUAGCAUUUUCUCCUGAUGGCAAAGUUCUCGUCUCCUAUAGUUGUGGGGAAAAUCGACUCUCCUUUUGGCAGACUUCCACUGGUAUGUUUGGUCUGGGCAACAGUCAGACCAAGUGCACCAAGUCUUACAGCACUUCUCCAGUGGCGGAAAUGUCUCGUCUCAACCCCAUGAGGUUGGCAAAACUGGUGUGGAUCAGCAACCGCACUGUUGCACUCAUGUUGGCUGAUGGUUCGGAAACUAAAUUUAACGUUUAAGUACAGUUCCAACUUGUAUCUUUAAAAAUGUGUAUAGUAGACCCUCUGUUAGCUGACCCUGCAUCAACCUCUUCUUAUAUUAGCCCCUGGAGAUGCUAAACUUAAGGUAGUUUUCUCUGCCAUAAAUUUGAAAAACUUCUCAAGUUGGCUGUUUUAACCGACAUCUCAGGUUAUCUGAACUCGAGCCCCAGGGUCAGUUAAAAGAGAGUGUACUGUAUUUUUUUAGACGUUGUUAUAUUUAAGUGGUCGGGAUGAUCGUUAUUAAUGUUUUGCUUGUAUAUUAUUUUUUGGCUGUGGUUCUAAAACUGUUCACACUUGCUACGAACCUUGAAGUGUAAACAUUUUUGUAUAAGCCACCAAGUAUUUUAUGAUCUUUAAAGUAUUUUAGGGAAGUAUAUUUAACAUCUUAGAGAUAAAAAUAAUAAAUUCUGUCUGUGAAUAAAAUAAAGAAAUACAAUUGUAAUUGUAAUGAUUUUAUAAAAUUUGAACAUAUGUUUUCUUAUUUGUUAAAAUAUUUUAAUAUUGAUCAGUCAUUGUUCAUCCACCAACAUGUAUCAUUUGAAAAAUUCUAGGUAAAUUUUGUUAUUAUUUUAAUGUGUAUUAAUUAAGACUGGUAACUUAUACAUGUUUGAAAAAUUCCAAAUAAAACCUUCGCUUUCUGAAACACAUGUUGAUUGAUUAUAGAAGACACUUAGACACUGCACUGAACAUGUUUUACAACAUUUACAGUUGGAUUUUUUUUAGCUAGAAACAGAAUAUCUUUGAAGAUGAACCUUUUUAGCUGUAGUGUGAUCAUGUGUUCAAUGUUCAUACAUGUAAAUUUUUGAGGUUAAAUCAAAACAAACAAACUGGCAUUGUCAAUUAGGGGUCGUGUUGUAUUACUUAUGAAAGAAUGCUCACUUUAGGUAAAAUUAAUUGAUUUAGUAUACCGUUAUUUCUUAGUCUAAUUUAUUAGUAAACAUAGGCUACAGUACUUAUUUAGGCUACUGCAUUUUAUAAACCAAACUAGAAUCUUGCUUCCUUGGCAUAUCGUAUAGUAUAACGUUACGGUAUCCUGUUUGGUACCUGGUGAACUUAUCUGAUUGCAUAAGUGAAUUGUUAGAAUUAGCUGUUAAUCAUAAUUUACAUGGGUCCAAACCUUACUCUAUAAAGGUUUAUCUCGAGAGUAUUUAAUUCUUAAUUCUGGCUCCAUCAACCUCAAAGUAACCACCACUGGAGACAAUAAUUUAAUAACAACUUAUUCAUUAAGUUAGUUGAUUUGGAAUUAUGAAUCACGUCUCUAUUUCACAGUAAAUAUUCUCUAAUGGCCAAAUGAUUUUAUAGAAGUAGAGUAAGUUUAAGUAAGUACCGUAUAUUAAACUAUUGUAAAUUCCAAUUAAGAAUUAUGCCAGUUUGUUUGUUUUGAUUUAACCUUCAAAAUUUGACAAGUAUAAGCAUAUGAUCUCACCUCAUAUAACCGCUUUUAGCUCAAAAGAUUUAACUGUAUUUAUCGUUUCUUGAUAGACAAUAAUUAUUAUUGAUGCACUUAAUUGAUCAAACAUAUUCAUUCAGAAAGUCUUAUAGUGUGCUGUAAAUCAUUUGUUGGUAUCAUUUUAAUUGAGUACUGUAUAUGUUGGCAUUGUGAAAAUAGUAGCAAAUUUGUCACCCUCCAUUAAUUUUAUAUUCUUGGAAUUUUUAACUUUUUUUAAGGGUUAUAAUUAAUUUAAAAUUUAUAUUUUAACUUUAAUUAUUCUUUGAUCUUUUUUAUGUUACAUGAGAUUACCAGAUUUUAUUUAUUGUGUAAAAUAAUUGUUAAUUAUUAUUACAUUAUUGUUUUGUUAUUAUUGAAUAUUUAUCAUUAGAUGAAAAUAGUGAAAAAGUACCUAUAUUAAAUUUAUUUAUAUGCCAAAUAGUCUUGCUAGUUAAUUUGUAGCAAAUUCAUGUAGAACUUAUAUAAAAUUGUAAAAAAUUGUUGUGCUUAUUGUAAAUGUCCUUAUGGAAA